UUUGCCUGCAACUUUGUUUCUGAUUAUCGCGACAUGUCUCUUCCUCAAGACGAUGAGUAUGGCUCGGUUCCACUACAAGAUGUCGACCCGGAUCCGUCAAGUCAUGUUACUAGAGCAUAUACCACACGACCUGUACCAGCUCCUAUGUACCGUUCUCCGUAUCAUGAUCAUUCAUCGCAAGAGAACCAUCCACUGCAGCAAAGUCAUUCCUCGCAACGGCAUCAACCUGCAAACCCUCCAGCUGCUCUUGACAACUCACAGCAUCGCUCGUACGAAUAUGAAAGAAAUAUCCCAACUAUUGCUCAUGGGAGCUCUCACAAUAUUGCAACGCCGCGAUUACCGAUACCACAAGUAUCGAACCUCUCCCAGUAUGAUGGUCGCGGGCGUGAUCACACGCUCAACGAGCCCGGUCUUCACAGCAACAGGCAACAACAAAGUCGCUCCCGAACAAGCAGCUCUAUCCACCAAUCUCUACCAGAUGAGGAGACGUGCGAUUGCUGCGACAGAACUGCGGCGGACAUUUUCUUCUGCAAUGUAUGCAACACUAACCUGUGCGAGAAAUGUUGGUCUUUUCAAGCAGCCCACCGAAAACAACGACUUGCUCCUGGUGAAAUACCACAUGAGAAAACGAAUGCGACUGUUGCAAGGAAAAUACAAAGGGUACUUGUUCAGCCAAGCAACGAUGAGAAUCGCACACAAUUGCAUGGGGAUGACGAACAGACGGCCUGGUUUGGUAUCGAACGUCCCGACGGCAGCGCUCCAAUCUUCCAAGAUUACGGGAGAUAUGCAAGCUUACUUUCAGAAACCGAGGAGGAUUGGAACUCGCAGUUUCAAACAACACAACUGGGCAGAGACAGUAGAACUCCAAGCUUAGUCUCAUUUGUUGGGCAAACUGGUGCUGGCAAAAGUACGCUGAUCAAGUUGAUCGUUGAUCUCAAUACUGAAAACGACCAACUCUACCGUACACCCGUAGUUGGAGCUUCUGGUGUUAACGUUCCAACAUCCGAGGACGUUCACCUGUACUCUGAUCCCGUCACAGCAUUGAGUGAAACGCCUGUGUUUUUCGCGGACUGUGAGGGUCUUCAAGGUGGAGAGCGCGAACCGCUCGGAGUAAAGUUCAAACGGUCUAGAAAGAAGGGUCCACAAAAAGAUGAGCGUGUCCCGCUACCCAGCUCUGAAAGAGAGUUGGUCUGGGCAGACACGACCGCUUUGGCAAGCCGCGAGUUUGCUGUCACCAAUCUCUAUCCUCGGCUACUAUACACAUUCUCUGACGUGAUUGUUUUCGUUCUAAGAAACCCAAGGGUAAUCGAGAGUGUCUUUGAACAACUGGUGAAUUGGGCAGCUGCCGCUCUCGAGAUGUCGUCCAAUCAACCGGUCCUGCCGCAUGCGAUCAUAGUACUCAACGCGUCAGAAAAUGAUAUCGACCCUCAGCAAUGGGAUCCAAAUUUUGCUACCGAAGCUUUGUUAGAAUCCAUAUCAAGAACCGUGUUCCGCAACUCAACUUUCAAGAAGUACGCGCAGUUUUGGAGAGAACGCAGAAAAGAGAUUGAGAGCGUCAAACAAUUGAUGGAGUCAUACUACAGCUCUAUACAGGUGGUCCGUAUUCCUGCAGAAGGUAGACCGCAAUUAAUAGAGGAGCAAGUCAAACAACUUUAUGUUGGCAUACACACAGCCUGCGUCGCUUCGAGAACCCGAAAAGCACAGUUGCGCAUGCUACUCGACGCCGAAGAGCUACAAUCCUACCUACAAUGUGCCUUCGAUCACUUCGCUUUGACUCUCGAUAGCCCCUUCGAUUUUGUGCAGGCUUCUUUCUCGAACAGUCCUAUCCCGUUAGACUUUGGCGGCAAUAUUCUCAAGUUGGCUAUCAACUUCAUGCACGUUUGGGAAAACAAGGCAGACAUAAGAAUUAUAUUCCAGGAGCUGAGCUACAUGGUAGCUUCUUGUAUCAUGCUCGAUUCUGUGCGCAACAAAAACAAGGGUACUGCCAACGUGAUAUUUCUGCAAUACCUUCCUCAUCUAGAUGCGGCGCUUGAGAACUUUUGGGAUCAGCAUUGGCCUUGCGAAUUUACACAGCCGGAGAGGAACCUGCGCUGCGUCAACGUCCGAAGUGGCCACGGAUCUAAGGGCCACCAGAUCAAAGAUGGCAAAGUAUUCGCUGUUGGUGAGUAUCAAUCGCGCUGGUCGUUCGAUUUGCUCCAAGAAGAAUUUCGAUGCAAUUCCUAUUACAGGCUGGAGGAGUUGUUGCAGCUCCUUGACGAAAAGAAAGCCUACGGAAACGACGAGCGGCGAACUGCAGCCGAGAUUCAUCGGGACUACGUAAUGCCUUGGUUCAAUCGCCAUGCAUCUGGAGAUGGGAAAUCACAACGAUAUCACAGCCACACAGUGUGCUUCUGCUGUCUUUCGGAGCCGCCAGAAUACGCAUUACCAUGUGGUCAUAUCCUAUGUUUACAGUGUGUGAGAACAUACGGAGAAAAUCGAGGCAAAACCGAAAUUGAGAUGCAAGGUUGUCCAUUGGAAUUCCAGACAACACAGUUGUAUCACUCAUGGCGGAUUUACUUCAAGCCUAAAUCGGCAGGUGUAAGAGUAUUGACACUUGAUGGGGGCGGUAUGCGUGGGAUCGUUGAGCUUGAGAUUCUGAGAAGCAUUGAGAGGGAACUGAAUGAUAAACUAGCCAUUCAUUACUUCUUUGAUCUCAUCGUGGGUACCAGUACCGGCGGGAUCAUCGCAUUGGGACUUGUUGCUCGCAAUUGGUCUGUACAAACAUGCAUAGAUAGCUUCGAAGUACUUUGCUCCAAGGCUUUCACUAGACGUAUCGGUGGUGAUCUACCCGUGUUCAGUUGGGUGGUCACCAAUUACAUGCACUCCAAGUAUGAAACGAAGUCUUUACACGAUGCAUUGAUAGAUGCGUUCUCGGAAGACGAGUAUUUAUUUGGGGGUCGAAAAGCCCAACAGUCUCCUUUGCCCAAUAUCAAAGUUGCAGUCACAUCCACUGUUUCUUCGAAUUCGGCAAUUGUGUUUGGCAACUAUAACAGACGGUGCGAUGAGAAAUUGCCUUAUCAAUUCCACAGAGCUGAGGACAUACAUUCAGAAUUGAGGAUCUGGGAAGCCGCUCGAGCAACGUCCGCGGCCCCCCGGCCUUUCAAGCCAUUCCACCACGAACCGUCAAAGCAGGUGUAUAUGGACGGCGCUCUUUGUCAUAACAAUCCGAUCAAAGUAGCAGAUCGAGAGUGGAAACUCCUAUGGCCCGAUGGGCUUCGCGAAUACCCAGACAUAGUACUUUCGUUGGGCACAGGUUACAAUCCCCACGCUGUACGAGUACCGGUGAAGAAGAGCGUACCCGAGAGAGUAGGUAUCCUAUCUCACGGUAUGUCUCUUCUGAAACUGGCCAAGGAUCAUAUUGCAGACUCGCUGAACUGCGAAAAAGCGUGGGGGGAGUAUAUAAGUCUGUUGCCCUCAAAUGCCUCAUCCUCUCAAUUUAUACGCUUCAAUAUUCCGAUGAUGAAUGACCCGCCAGCUCUGGAUGACGUCUCGAAGAUGAAGACGAUGCAGGACGAUGUCAGGAAACAGCUUUCCAGGGACUCAAACCGUACUAAGAAAUUGGCUUUGCAGCUGCUAGCCACAAGUUUCUACUGGGAGACUCUAGACGUCCAGCAAUUCACAAAUAAUGAAGCGACUGUGUCAGGUCGCAUACUCUGCCGGUUUACGGAAGGAUCACGAGAGACUAAAGAGCUCGGAAAACUAAUCAAAGACAAAUCUUUCGUGGGCAAGAAUCCGUUCUUUUUCAUCAGUGAGCGAGGCUCGAAGGGAAAUCCCGAGAUCAAAGAGCUCUCGCCAGGUGUACUGUCAAAGAUGAUAUAUGAUGGCAGAUUUGAGAUGCGAACGUCACAGCAUCUCGAGAACAAGCUUUCCGAAACGGACAUAUAUCUCUACAUCAACCAAAACCAAGAGUUCCCCAUCAGUGGCUUUCCUCGAUGUCUUUUCCAAGGCGAGGAUGAGCAAGCAAGAACAAUGCAUCCGAUGGCUAUAAAUCGUCGGCGCUGGGCGGGUGGCUCUAGAAACCGCCAUAUGCGAGGCGUUUGGGUCCCUCCAGAUGCCGCUCGACUGUCUGCGCCAAGAGAGGGGAGCAUUGCCGAAUACUCGGAUCCCAGCCGUUCAAUGACCCUUUCGACUGGAAACGAGGUAAACGCCCCUCGAUUCUCGGAGCUGCCCGGAGAUGAAAGACUACAUGACGAAACGGUACUUGUCCCGCAAGGGGAACCGGUGGAGAUCGAUUCAUCAACAAGCCAUGAGCUAUAUAGUUUUCCUCUGACGCCGAGGUUGAGACCUCUCUCAACUGCUGGUAUUCACGAGGAUGAAGAUAGGACCAUGUGA